CGUACUACUUCUAAUUUUCUACUUCUCUUCCUCCCCAAGGUCGGGUCUCUCUCUCUCCCUUGGAUAUUUUGGGUUCAUCAGCUUGGAUAUUUCACUAGCUACGAUGGAUUGAUGUCUAUCCAAACGUUUUGGCAAUUUACCCCUUUUAAAAUACAAACUUGACACACAGAGGCAAGUAGACCAUGGUCAUUGUAUUUUGGUUAGGCUGUUUUGGCACAUGAGCUUGGUCACCUCAAGUGCGACCAUGGCGUAUGGCUUACCUGUACCAACAUACUGACAACAGGAGCGUACACUGUCCCCGGUUUUGGGAUGGUUGCCGGGUUCCUGGAAGAACAGCUGUGCAGGUGGCUCCGAGCUACGGAGUUGACAUGCGAUAGGGCAGCCCUUCUCGUAGUGAAAGACCCCAUGUUUGUCAUGUCGUUCCUGAUGAAGAAGGUGGGAGGGUACCCAUCCCUGGCGGACCAGCUGAAUGUGGACGCCUUUCUGGAGCAGGCCCGCUCGUACAACAAGGACUUGUUGAAUCCGGUUGGGUGGUACAUCCGCGACACUCAGACGAGAGAGCUGUCACACCCUUUGCCCGUGAUGCGAGUGCGAGAGGUGGACGAGUGGUCGAGGAGCUAG